CCAUCCAGGCCCAGUUAAGUUAACAUCGUACGUAAGUCGGUAACACUGUCUCCAACCUCGCUUGCAGAAAACAAAGACAGAAACAAACUAGGGUUUAAGAGUCGCCACCACCAGCAGCAUGUUCGACCUUUACAAAUGCAGCAGCACCUCAAUCGAAUGGAACCCUUCACCCAUAGUCGCCUUAGCCACCAGCCUCGACGAAUCUCAAGUCGCCGCCGCCAGAGAAGACGGCUCGCUUGAGAUAUGGCUCGUUUCCCCCGGUGCCGUUGGUUGGCACUGUCAAUUGACGAUACAAGGUGACCCUAAUUUGAGAGUUUCAUCGUUAGUAUGGUGUGGCUCCCCGGCGGGUAGAUUGUUUUCCUCAAGUAUUGAUGGAUCGGUGUUGGAGUGGGACUUGUUUCACUUGACACACAAGGUUGUUGUAGAUCCCAUCGGUGUGUCCAUAUGGCAGAUGGCUGCUCAACCUUCAAGCAGGAAGCAGCUCAAUCCCAAACCGGAUUUGGCUUCAAUAGAAAAUGGCCACACUAUAGCUAAUGGUGAUGUCACCAGUGAAAGCGAGAUUGAAGCUGAUUCACUCGAGUUACACGAGGAACCAAUCAUCGAAAAUGCAAGUAUAGCACUUGCUUGUGAUGAUGGUUGCGUGAGAAUAUAUAACACUUCAAGUUCAGAUGGAUUCACCUACCAUAAAUCAUUGCCUAGGGUCGGUGGUCGUGUAUUAAGCGUCACUUGGAGUACAGAUGCAAAAAGGAUAUACUCAGGCAGUAGUGACGGGUUCAUAAGAUGCUGGGAUGUUAAACUGUCUCAUGAAGUUUACAGAAUAACUGUUGGUCUUGGAGGUUUAGGUAGCAUGUCUCAACUUUGUGUUUGGUCUAUACUUGCACUGAGGUGUGGGACCCUUGUGAGUGCAGAUAGUAGCGGUAGUGUUCAGUUUUGGGACAGUUCACACGGAACUCUAUUGCAAGCACAUUCUUGCCAUAAAGGCGAUGUCAACGCUUUAGCAGCCAGCCCUAGCCAUACAAGGGUGUUUUCUGCUGGAUCAGAUGGUCAGGUUAUUUUAUAUAAGCUCUCUGUGGAUAAAUCUAGUUCGAUAAUGAUGAAAAAGUGGGUAUACAUUGGUUAUGUGAGAGCCCAUACACAUGACGUGAGAGCUUUGACUGUUGCUGUACCCAUAAGUCGCGAAGAUUUAUUGCCUGAAGAGAAAGUAAAAAGAGCGCGUAGUAAAGAAAAGCCCGACUUUAGUUAUAACAAGUGGGCUCAUGUGGGCAUUCCGAUGCUAAUAUCAGCUGGUGACGACACUAAGCUUUUUGCAUAUUCCGCUAAUGAAUUCACCAGAUUUGCUCCACAUGAUAUAUGCCCUGCACCGCAAAGACCACCGAUUCAACUGGUGUGCAGGACUGCUGACCGGUUGACUUAUCUUCUUCUGGUUCAGGCUCCACACUGGUUAGAUCUUUUAACCGUUGAAGUGAACCGAGAUGGUGGUGUUUCAACUACUGAUACAGUUGCGCGAGUUAAGAACAGGGGUUUGAGAAAGAUCAUCUGCAGCUCUAUUUCACCUUCUGGAAGGUUCUUUGCGUAUUCUAGUCAUGUGAAGCCUUGCCUUUUUGAGUUGAAAAAGAAUGGAACCGGAAAAAGUGGGUGGUCCAUAAGUAAAAGAAAACUCCCGUCAUCUAUACCUUUUGCACAUUCCAUGCUAUUUAGUUCUGACUCUUCUCGGUUAAUGAUAUCCGGACAUGACAGAAUGAUAUACGUUGUAGAUGUUGGGAACAUGGAAUUAACACAUAGAUUCACUCCGUGUCGUAAGGAGUGUGACGAGGAACUACCACCUACUCAACCUCCAAUAACAAAAAUGUUUACUAGCUUAGAUGGACAGUGGCUAGCUGCUGUUAACUGUUUAGGAGAUAUCUAUAUAUUUAACCUAGAGACACAAAGGCAGCACUGGUUUAUAUCGAGAUUAGAUGGUGCGUCUGUUACAGCUGGAGGGUUUACUCCCAAACAUAGCAAUGUGCUGAUAAUAUCCACAUCAUCAAAUCAAGUGUACGUUUUUGACAUGGAAGCUAAGAAGCUAGGAGAAUGGUCUAUGCACAAUACAUUUGUUUUGCCACGAAGAUAUCAAGAUUUCCCUGGAGAGGUUAUUGGGCUUACGUUUCCACCUUCUACAAAUUCCUCAAUCGUCGUCGUUUACAGUGCCAGGGCAAUGUGCUUGAUUGACUUUGGGAUGCCAAUAGAUGGAGAUGAUGACCAGGACAAUAUAAACAGUCAUGAUUCUUCAACACUGAAAUUAAAACGCAAGUCGAAAGAAACUAAAAAUAUUAGUAGGAAGAAUUUCGAAUUUUGUUUAUUUCAAGAACCUGUUUUAUUUGUGGGGCAUCUUUCAAAAGGGUCUGUAUUAGUUUUAGAAAAACCAUGGAUGCAAGUGGUCAAGGCUUUUGAUGCCCAGCCUGUCCACAGACAUAUAUAUGGAACAUAACCUAGAAGAUGAUGUUCAAUUUUGGUCUCGUUUUCAUCUGUGAUUGAUUUAUGUUGUGUAAUGUUUUCAUCAAAUAGUAAAAUUUGUUUACACUUUGUUAUCUCA